AAUUUCUUGAGGAGAGACACAAAGGUAAUAAGUAAGUAAAGCUUAUUACCUUAUAAGAUCCAAAUUAAAGGGUUAUAUAUUAUAGAAUAUAUAUAAUAUGUCUAUAGGGAUGAUGGUAGCAGCAGAAGAAAUGAUGGGGUGGGGGGUGUUAAAUGAAGGGUGGAGGAAAGGGCCAUGGACUGCUGAAGAAGACAGAUUGCUUAUUCAAUAUGUCAAGUUGCAUGGUGAAGGGAGGUGGAACUCUGUUGCUAAGCUUCAAGGGUUGAAGAGAAAUGGAAAAAGUUGUAGGUUGAGAUGGGUGAAUUACUUGAGACCAGACCUCAAGAGAGGGCAAAUAACACCUCAUGAAGAGAGAAUCAUUAUUGAGUUACAUGCUAAAUGGGGAAAUAGGUGGUCAACAAUUGCAAGAAGCUUGCCAGGAAGAACAGACAAUGAGAUCAAGAACUACUGGAGGACUCAUUUCAAGAAGAAGGCCAAGAGCUCUGCAGCAGACAACACCGAGAAAUCGCGAGCCCGCCUUCUCAGAAAGCAGCAGUUUCACCUGCAACAGCUUCAACAACAACAACAACAACAGUACAACAUUCAUCAAACAGACACCAAAAAGGUCAAACCUUUGUUAUUUGAUGAAAACAAUGAAACCAGAGUGACAGCCCCAACUGUCAUCCCUCAGGGUCAGGGAGGUGUUUUUUACCCAGAUCAAGAUCAGGGCUUCUUCUUCUCACUCAUGAAUGGCUAUAUACCAUCAUUGCCAGAGGCCUUAUUAUCCUCAAAUGAUAAUCAGGACUCUAUCAUGUGGGAUGGGCUGUGGAAUUUGGAUGAGUUUCAGGGCAAUUUCUGUGCUGUGAGUGCAGCAAAUAAAAUCUGCAGCCUGCAACCUAUUGCUGCUCCUUUCUACUGAUCCUAAUAAUCAAGAAAUGAAAAUAAAUCACUUCAAUUUACCCUUUUGAGUUUUGGUUUUUCUGGUCCCUUUAGUGUGAAGUUAAUUAGUUGGGAGCCAAAGAAGGGUCUCAACCAAUACAAUGUUUGUGUCUCUUUGAGACAUUAUUCUGGUACUGUAGUUUUGUGACACUGUUUUGCUGUUAAAACAGCUCAGUGGUGACCACUCAUGUUGUCAAGGAAGAAUUAUCAUAUGAAUUAAUAACCAAGCUGUAAAAUUUCCUUUGCCAAA